AUGGAAACAGGCAAUAAUACAAAAAUUUCAAUAUUUCUUCUGGGAUUAUCAGAGGAACCACAACUGCAGUCUUUUAUUUUUGGGUUUUUCCUCUCCAUGUACUUGCUCACUAUCUUUGGGAACCUGUUCAUCAUCCUGGCUGUCAGCUCAGAUUCCCGGCUCCAUACACCCAUGUACUUUUUCCUCUGCAACCUGUCCUUGGUAGACAUCUGCUUCACCUCUACAAUCAUCCCCAAGAUGCUGCUAAACAUCCACACACAGAGCAAGGUCAUAAUGUAUGAACACUGUAUCACCCAAAUUUAUUUUUUUGUACUCUUUGCUGUGUUGGAUAUGUUUCUCCUGACUGUGAUGGCCUAUGACCGCUUUGUGGCCAUCUGUCACCCCCUGCACUACAUGGUCAUCAUGAAUCCCCGGCUCUGUGGACUGCUGGUUCUGGUGUCCUGGAUCCUUAGUGCCCUGAAUGCCUUGCUAGAAAGCUUAAUGAUUUUGCGACUCUCAUUCUGUACAGACUUGGUAAUCCCCCACUUUUUCUGUGAAGUCAAUCGGAUGAUCCAACUUGCCUGUUCUGACACCUUUGUUAAUAACAUGGUGAUGUACAUUGCAGCUCUCUUGUUGGGCGGUGGUCCCUUUAUUUGUAUCCUUUACUCUUACUCUAAGAUAGUUUCCUCCAUACGUAGAAUCUCAUCUGCUCAGGGCAAGUAUAAAGCAUUUUCCACAUGUGCAUCUCACCUUUCAGUUGUUCUUUUAUUUUAUUGUACAAUCCUAGGGGUGUACCUUAGCUCUGCAGCUACCCACAGCUCACAAUCAAGUGCAAUAGCCUCAGUGAUGUACACUGUGGUCACACCAAUGCUGAACCCCUUCAUCUACAGUCUGAGGAACAAAGACAUAAAGAGGGCCCUGAAAAGAUUCUUUGUGAAAGAAAUUACAAAAGGGCAGUUGUCAUAG